AUGAGCCGAGAAGAGAUCAUUCGAAGCAGCGACCCUCGCACGGAUGCCCUGAACUAUGUGACCAAAAAUGGCCGAUAUACUCUCCAGGUGGAGGAGUUCAUCGAAGCCGGCAGACCAGACGGUACCGAGUUGCACAGUUCCUACGUGACACGCCAUACUACGCCCAAUGGACAAGCAGCGUACGCGCCUGCCAUAAAGGGUGUCUCCGGCCAUAUUGUCGAGACGGGACAGUCGUUCACCGUCCGGGACGACUACGACUUCAACAACCCUUCUGGGGACGGGAAGGGGUACCAUGUUAAUGCACAGCUCGGCAAGGCGACGGUGGCCUUUGUCUCGGGCCAGAAUAGCGCACAGGCGUAUUAUGAUCGCACGAAUAUGACGGGCGAGAGAUUGUAUUUUGACGGGAAGCAGAGUGCUGCCUCGUGGUAUACGCAGGGCCAUUCACGCUGA